GGGAGGGUCGGGGAGAGCCGCUGCGCCCUUGAGGGCAGCAGUGCCUAGAGGUUGCGUGCAGCCUGCUCCGCAUCGGCCUUGCUAGGGGAAGGCACAGCUGAGGAGCCUCUGCAGGGGCUUGUUGCAUUCAAACAGUGACUGAAGUGGAAGGUGCUUCUGAGAACCAUGAUGUCCCUGGGUGUCAGUAAAGGACGUGUCAUUCCACCCACGGAUGAAGACCGCAGGAGGAUCAUUAAGCAGAUGAAGGUUCGCACCACCCUGAAAGGAGAUAAGAGCUGGAUCCACCACCAUAACUCAGACUCUGAGGAUGAGAAAAAGAGCAGCCCGCUGUCUGGACAGGCCAGUGGGGGAUCCACAGCCUCAACGCCUAUUGCUCCCCAGAAUGACAGGUCUUCUGCCCACAAGCCUCAGUCCGGUUACCUCAUCAGAGGGGUGUUCACAAGAACCAUUGAUAAGACCUCUUCUGUGCCAGAUUCUUCAUCUUCUAAUGAAGCACAGAAAAGCGCUUCUGCGAAGAGACACAGCCUGUGCCGUUCUUCCUCUGGCUACAGGAUGACCACUGAGGAUUACAAGAAACUAGCUCCGUAUAACAUCAAGCAAAAAUCAGUGGACUUGGAUGAGGAUGAUGUGCCUUUUACUCCAGAUGAACAUAAAAAGAGGACAGAGGCAGCCAACAGUGUCCUGAGACGCACUGCCAGCAGGGAACGUGCUUACGUCCUCUCAGCAGCCAAGAAAAGCAAUGGCAGCCCAACACAAGAAUUUCCACCCUUGUUUGCCAAGAGAAUUGAGAUAGAAGAAGAGGAAGGACAGCAGAGGAGGAGUCCAACUGUUUCUGGUUCAUGCAGGUUCACACCAGAUGACAACAGUACUAAUGGGCUAAGAAAAGCCACCUCUGGGUCUUCCUGGAAUGAGCCAAAGACAACAGCAGUGUCUCCCUCCAGCCCUGAAACAGAGAGUAAGAGCCAACCAACCAGAUCCUUAAGUGAAACUUCAGAGAGAAUCUCCACUUCUGCUGAAUUCAGAAAUGGUAAAAACAGACAAGUCCCUAAUGGAAAACCCUCAUCUGAAACAGUGUCACAGCAUGGGGAUGGUGACAAACCUCCGAAGGAAAAGUGGGAUGAACUGGCCCCCAGAGCAACUGUGGUUUCCACAAAUGGAAGUUAUACUGAACACACAGAAGCCAACAAUGGAUUUUACCCACCAAAGGACAUACCUGCAGAUGCUACAGAAAAGCUGCACCAUCGGUACGAGACCUCUCACUACCUGGAUGAUGCAGAGCCUGAACCUGCAAGGUCUAGCUUACAGUCUGAUGUCCUUUUUCCUCCUACUGAGAGAGCCCCUGUGCACCUAGAUGACACAGAAUAUUCCUUUAAAAGAUCUGCUCUGGGCUACGAGGAGAGAAGCAACACCCAAGAGAGCAGGUACACGAGUCCUGAGGUUCCAGCAUACAGCAAGCCUUACUGGAAUGAAGAAACGUCUUCCCAAGGUUUCAAAGAGGGGAGCACCCCUGGAGAAGGGGGGCAUGAGAGCAUGCAGGCCUCAGAUGACUAUAAACCAGAGCUGAUCCAAGAAGGGUUUUCAGACUCAAACAACCAUACUGAGAAGGGACAAGAGCCUCCUGACCAUGAUGUCCACCCAAAGCCUCCAAAGUUGAAGGAACAUACUGAACAUGAACCCAGCUUGAAUAGGUCCGUGCCAUGCUCCAAGGACAGCGCUAGUGGGAGUGUGGACAUUAACAAGGGAGUAUCGCCCUGUGUGCAGAGUGAAGAAGUCACUUCAAGAAGAUUCAGCGCUCUACCUAGAGAAGGCAGCAUCGCUGCUCCAGAGACCCAACGUGCAAAUGAAUCUGACCCAUUCCGGGAAAGGGUCACCCCACCUUAUGAAGAACAAGCUCACCCCGCCACAGAUAGUCACCCUGAGAGCCCAGGAGACUGGAGGCACGGCGAGCCUCACCCAGUGGCAGCCAGCAGGUCUAACUUCAGCUCAAAAGAGAGUGCUGUCAGUGCAUAUGAGACCCAGCGUCCCAUGCCACUGUACAUGGACCGCCAGCCUUUUAACACCAGCGUGUCAGCACCCAGUCACAGGAUACCGUCCUAUGUAGACAGCCAAGUAUUCAGCACCAGAAGACCUACCCCAGAUUACGAAGGGAGAGUUUACGAUGGGAGAAGCAGCCCUAGGAGCAGCAGAUAUGACAGCGCCAGUGCCAGAGGGCACUGUGAAUUUAACCCCACAGCUGGACGCCACGACUCCCUUCCCAGAGAUACCACCAUGUCCAUUUCCCAGAGAAGCCACAGGGUGCCGUUCUACAUGGACAGCUUAAACUAUAACAGCACCAGGCUUCUCUCGAAUUCGGGUGAGAGGAUCUGCAGUCCAGUUGCCACCUUACCACACAACAGCCCAGCAGCCUCCGGGUACCAGCCCAAUUCCAGCACUGCCGGAAAAGGGGUCCUCUUUGUGAAGGAGUACGUGAACAGCAGCGAGUUAUCAGCCUCCCCACGCUAUGGCAGUGGCAGCCUUGUGGAUUUGACCGAUUUGGAGAGAGCAACCUACAGCCACCACAGCUACCUGUCCAGCGCUCCCCUGCAGAGGGCCAGCGAACCUGCUUGCAGUUACUGUGGCCGUGAGAUCCGAGACUGUCCUAAGAUCAUAAUAGAACAUCUCAACAUCUGCUGCCACGAAUAUUGUUUCAGGUGUGGAAUUUGCCACAAAGCAAUGGGAGAUCUUCUGGAUAAAAUAUUCAUCCACCGGGACAUUGUCCACUGUGACAAGUGCUACGAGAAACUCUUCUAGGGUUUUGCAAAGCUGGAGAAGGCAGCCAGCGGAAAGUCCUCAGCAGCACCUACGAGAAUGUAUCUAGCAGUUCCUGACCGGCUAAGAUAGCAGAAUUCCUGCUCCCCGCUUUCCUCAAGUUAUUUUCCCUCCCACUGCCUCAUCACAGUGAAUGAGUUUAACAUCCGCUAGUUUAUGCUGUCAGCUGCAUACAAGACAAGUGCCAAUGCUAACAAGAUAAGGCAGUGUCACCUACAAAGAUAAGUGGGCUGAUUUUCCAGAGGUGCUGAGCCCCUCUGCCUGUCUUUAACUUCGUUAAGAUUCCAGAGCGCUCGCUGUGUUGGAAGUCAGGCAGAGCUCCUUAGGUCUAUCUAAGCUAAUUGCGAGAAACCUUUUCUGGUUUUGGUGGGGUUUUUUUCUUCCAUUUCAGCCAUCAGGCUGCAGCUUAGUGUGUGUGAGCUGGCACAAAGCAAGAAGAUACAAGAAGUGGUAAACACUAAAUUUAGGUGCUUGGGAGGGUUUGAAUUUAGUUCAUAGCAAAAGGCUAUUUCUGCUUCUCUCACCCCCAAAUUCUGCCUAGAAAUAGCUUCUGCCUGAUUUCCAUUUGCUUUCCAUGGGCUUUCAGGAGCACUUGCAGACUCCUUUACUCUAAUUGUAUGUCAGCUUUAAUUUCCCUUUCCUGCCUACUCCUCAGUGGAUUGCUGCAGCAGCAUGUGUGUCUGCUGUCUGUUUGGGAAGAUAACGCUCACUUUCACCUGGUAGUUUAACUUGGCCUCUGAUGGUAGGUGUCUCACGGCCAUACAGAACGUGCCAGAGAAUAGGUGUCUCAGUCGCCUCUCCUGACAGGGAGCACUGCUCGACUGAAAUCUGAAUUUCCCCCCACCUCGCCAAGGCUUGCUGUGCUGCCUCUCUUAUUGAUCUGAAUUGUGUACAUCACAAAUGCUCGCUCACGAAAUUGAACUUCGAGCAGAUGCUGUACUUACUAGAAGUCAGAAUCGCAUAAUUUUAGCCCUUAAUUCAGAUGCUGAGAGGUUGAGAAACCUGAAUACCAAAACCUGAAAGUCGGGCUCUAUGCCUUCAAAGUGCAGCUCCAAAUGUGUCCGGAGUUAGUUUGCUCGUUGAAAGCAUUAGGAAUGACUGCGAAGCGCCCAAGUCAGUUCUGUAGUAGCCCUUGCAUGGAAAUAGGUGAUGGCAAAAGCUCUAACACAGACUAUUGUUAGCUAGGUAAUUCUUUAUGCGCUUAGUGAUGGAAGCUGGCAUGCAUGCAAAAGCUUAGCAAGUUCGUGUUUUACAGCACAAGUGCUGCUUAGCUUUAUUUAGGCCACUGUACCAGUUAUUUAACCGAACCAUAGGCAUGACCUCGGAAGCAACUCCGUGAGGAGAACUCCCGUUAAGAGCAGUCACAGCUCUGCCACUGGCAGGCUUCAGGUUGUGACGGGGGACUGGGCAGCUCUAUUUUGAGGGUGCAUGGCACAACACCCCCCUGAAAGCCCAGCAGGCACAAAGGUGUGAUUUUCAAAAAUGAUGAACGAUUUUGGCUGCCUACGUUUCUAAAUUAUCAAGAUGUUAGAGGCGUUACUUUCUGAACAAAAAGAGGGUCACAAAAGCAGAUCAGGGAGAUGAAAUGCUCGCUUCUGAAAAUCACGGCCAGCAGUUCCUUACACGUCCUUGUACCAGUAGUGGGAGAUAACUGGUGCAGCAGCCGUUAGACGUCUUAUCCCACCAUGGUCAAAGGGGGCUUGUUUAAAAUACUGAAACAGAUGGGCCUGUAACUACAGGUGCGCUUUGAGAAGACAAUCUGCAGAAAUAAUUUAUAACCGAUUUGAGUUCCUGAUGGGUACGUGGCCUUAUAGGGAACGGGAUCUGUCCAUCGUACGUUUCGUUCCGUCUCCCCUCUGCACGGCGUUUCCCUGUUUCACCCCAGUAUACAGCUCUAAUAAACACU